ACACGACUUUACUCCUAGCAUAGUUAUAGGUUCAUUUUGUGCGGUCUGUACUAGAAAUUCCAGAGAUAAAAUAAAAUCAUUACCAAAGGGCAAUAAGGAUCAUCAUGGAAUUAGAGUCCAUGGAACUCAAACUGAUGUCCUGCAAAGAUGUGAGAGGUUUCAAUUUCUUCCAGAAACUUUCAGUCUACGCACUCGUCUCACUUGUCAGCUAUGAUCCCAACAAAAAACUGGGGCCCAAACAGCAACAGAGAACUCCCACUGUCAGAGAAGGCGAUGGGGAUCCUGAAUGGAACCACGAGAUGCGCUUUGAUUUGCACCAGGUUUCGGUCGAGGAUUGUGAUCAUGUGUUUAUUCAUUUUGAUCUGCGCCACCAAGGUGUCAUGUUCGGAGACAAGGACAUCGGUGAAGUCCAUGUGCCCCUUAAGGAUCUCGUCGAAGAAUCCAACGGUGUUGUCCGAUUCGUGAACUACCAGGUUCGGAGUUAUGAAGGUAAACCCAAUGGCGUAUUGAGCCUCUCUUACAAGGUAAAUGGAAAGGGAAAGAAUAAUGGGACUAGUUGUGGAAGUAACAUAACUGGGUUUCCAAUAAUUCAUGAUCAUCAGCAACAGUAUGCACAUGAGAAUGAGAUUCAUUAUCCCACAUUAGAAGAAGUUCACUACCCAUCUCUUGCUUUGCUUAAUCACUCAGAGGAACCUCUUUUUGCGCCACAAGAAGAUCACUCUUAUGCACCACAAACUUACUAUCCGCCACCAGAUGCUUAUUAUGCACCACCUCCGCCGCCGCCGCCGCCACCUCCGAUGCUACAUGGGCCGCCUUUUUAUCCUGACCCAUACAAAGAUGGAGGGGGUUAUGGUUAUUAUGGUCCACAUGCUUCUUCCUGGAAUGGCAGGUGAGGAGGCUUGUAGGAAAAGUUUUAGCUAAUGGUCUUAACCUUUGAAAUGUUGUUGUGCUACUGUUAGCUCAUUUUUUGUGUAUCAUUUAUGGCAUUAUAUGGUGAUAGAUUGUGGUUUUGGGUCCAAAUCAGUAAGGCUGCCUACCAAUCAUCUCUUAGACCAUGCAAAAAUGGGAGCUUUGUGCACUGACUAUUACAUUUUUUGUUGGUUAUGGUAUCGAUAUGGUAUAUAAUUAUUAAGCUCUGUGUAUAAGGCCUUUUUACCUAUCUA